UGCACGAAGAUUUCAACCGAUUACGGGACAAGUGGAUGUUUGUUUUUUUUUGUUUGUUUGUUUUUGUUUUUUCAUUCUUUCUUUUUUUUUUUUCUUUUUUUUUCCUACUGUAUGCCUCCUGGUGAUGGAUGUUCAUUUUUAUUUGCUUUGACAUUUCUUCUUGGUUGUCCUGAAAUUGUUACGUUUAGAAAAGUGGAAGUGUUGAAAUGGAUUUGAUGAAAAUAUCUGGUUGCGCGUAUCUGAUUUGUCUCUGCUUCUCCACGUGCGCGUCUAAGCUCCUCGGUGGCCAACAGAUCUGCAAGCGUGGCACUGAGAAGCCCUGCUAUAAAAUCGCCUACUUUCAGGAUGACCGACGUAAACUCAACUUUGAAGAUGCCAGCCGAGCCUGCAGGAGUGAUGGUGGAGACCUUCUCAGUAUUGAGUCUAAGUCUGAGCAGAAGCUUAUAGAGACUUUCAUCUAUGAAUUGAAAGCAUCAGACGGAGACUUCUGGAUUGGGCUCCGCAGGGAUCAAGGCUAUGAGGAGAUAAAUGGAGACUGCCCAUCUCAGUACUACUGGCUGGACGGAAGCCAGGCAACCUUCAGGAACUGGCACUUGGAUGAGCCUUCUUGUGGGUUUGAGGUGUGUGUAGUGAUGUACCAUCAGCCCUCUGCUCCUCCUGGUCAGGGUGGAGCUUACAUGUUCCAGUGGAAUGAUGACAAUUGUGAAACCAAGAACAACUUUAUCUGCAAGUACAACAAAGAUAAACCUGCAGCACCCAUCCCUGCUGAGAAUAGAACAUUUAGAGAUGCUCUUCCAACACCCAAAAUACCCAGAUACCCUUCUGUCACAGUGAAGGAUGAUGGCAUGAGAACGGUUGUAUCUGAACAUGCAGACAAUGCUCUCAAUAUUGCCUACAUUGUACUGCCUACUAUACCACUACUACUGCUAUUGAUUGUGGCAACAGGAGUUUUCUGCUUCAAGCUUUUCACUAAGAGGAAGAAAGAACAAUCUGAGACCUGUCCGAAGGAAACAGGGUACUGGGCAGCAGGGGAAAGAUGCCACAGCCCGAGCCCUGAUGUCUACAACGUCAUCCGAAGGCAGCACGAAUCAGACCUAGCCGACACACGCCCUGACAUCAAGAACACUUCCUUCCUGGGUUCUUCUCCAGACACUCCACCAGGAGAUUAUGACAACUUGCCACGCAGGGACACUGAGAGCGGUUUUGUGACACUGGCCAGCACUGAGAGCGACUUUGUGACGAAUUAUAUGUUUGAUACUCUGCAAGGCCAUGGAAGUGGGAGAUACUACAGAGACCAAGGAUGGAUGGAUGGAUGAAUUAUAUGAAUACUGAUUUGUAAGAGGAACAUUAGUCUGAUCCUGGAUUCUCCCUUUGAGAAUAAACCAAUAGUGGCUUUUGAUGUCUUUUGGUUUUGGUGCCAGAUAUCCAUUGUCAAAUCUGGGGAGCACUAGAGCUCAAAAGAACAUUUAAAUGAGGUCUGGAUAUGUGUGUACUAUGUGCAGCUUGACUUUAGGAUCUCCAAAAAUGUAAUAUGAAUGAGAGAGACUUAUUACAAAGAACAGUAUUACAUGAUUUUUUUCAAUCUACCAUCAAUUUAAUGGCUACCAAAAUUUUACAUCUUAAGUUUACAGGUAAUACAUGAGUAUCAGAUGUAGCUUUUUACCUUUUACUAUUUCUUUUUUUUAAGGUUAUGUUUCUAUUUUAUUUAUUUUUUUAGACUCCCAAUAACACAUGCUAAAAUAACCAUAACUCUAAUAUUAACCAGUUUCUCAACGCAUCAAGCCUAAUUUUGGCCACUGCAAGGAUUUGAUAAAUAUGCCAAUGGUGAUACAAUGUUGAAAAGAGGAAAUAUUAUUAUAUUUCAACAAACUGCUCAACAAAUCAUAAUGAGAUGGCUUGGAUAUGAGCUUGGAUGCUUUGCAUGAUGUUGUUAUGCUGCUUUUUCUGAAUGUGCUGUAUUGGACUCAAUUACACUGCUACAAUCUUUUCCAGACUGUCUUGUGAAAAAAUGAAAGAUCAAAAAUCCUUCAAGUUUCUUAUAUGCAAAAUAUUGGAAUGUGUAUGCAGUGAUGUUGAUGAA